GUUGAGAAUUUGAAAAUGUUUUUUUCUUAGUCUUUCUUUGUUCCCCUUUUAUCUGAUUUUGUGAAGUGUAUCUAUGUAAGAAGGUUUCAUGGAUGUAGAAGCAUUGUAACUGGUCCUACCCAUCAAGAGCUUUCCUGGCACUUCUCAUAACAAUGGUUCUGGGGAUAAGAACAAAGAGCAGGAAGAGCACAGCUGUUCAGGUUGAUUACCUUAUCCAUGUGCUGGAGAUUAAACCAUGGCCCUCAUCUCAGGCUUUGAGAUCUGUACAGUCUGUGUUGCUUCAAUGGGAAAAUGGUGAUCAAGUUUCUGGAUCCUUUACUUGUAACGUUGGAGAUGGGAAGAUCGAAUUCGGCGAGUCUUUCACCCUUCCAGUCACUUUGUACAGGGAGAAAUCAAGAAAAAGCACUGUACGUGAUACUUACCAGAAGAACAACUUGGAAUUUUACUUGUAUGAACCUCGAAAAGACAAGGCAGUGAAAGGUCAACUGUUGGCAUCAGCCGUGAUAAAUCUUGCAGAUUAUGGGAUCAUCAUAGAAACCAGAAAUGUGAGCACUCCAUUGAACUGGAAGAAAAGCUUUAAGAGUUCCGCUCAACCGGUUCUUUAUGUUAAUGUUCAGCCAUGUGUUAAACCUAGCUCCAGCUUGUCACCAAAGGGCAGCUUGUCCAGAGAAGUGUCUCUGGAGAAUGAUGGAACUCAAUCUGUUCCAGAGUCCAUGAAUGAUGGCAAUGAUGAGAUUGCCUCAUUUACUGAUGAUGAUGAAGAUGAUGAUGAUGGUGUUUCCUCACAUUCAUCACAUACUGUAACCUCCUCUGCUUUUGAGAAAACAGUCAGUUCAUUACCAAGCAGCAGUGAAAAGAAUGAAUCAGAAUCAACAACUGAUAGCACUAGACGGCUUUAUGGGGAGCCUGCCGUUGAGUCAAUAGCAAUAUCUGCAAGCACAGGGGCAACUCCAGUGGCUAAAGCAUUCAAAAACCAAAAUGGAAACCCUGCAAAUGAUCCUGCUUCUUUGCCUAACGUUCCAAGGGAGAGCUCAAUGCCAACCCUGAAAAAAUCUCUCACUCCCUCUGUUCAAUCAUCUUCUUCAUCCUUUGGCCACCAAGAAAGCCAUCAAAAAUCUGGUAACCAUAAUAUUAAGGACAACAGAAUUCACAAAACUCUUUCUAACAGCAGUGCCAGAAUGCAUGAAAAUUCUCAAGUGGGUAAUAUUGCCAGUAACCAUGCUACUGAAGGUGCAUCCUCAAGCACGCCUAUUCAGGAGGACACAGACUCAGUAUUUGCAAGCAAUGCAGAUUCGCAAGCUAAUCGAGAGGAUGGUCAUCUCCUAAAGGUGAAAGAAUAUUCAUUUGAUGACAAAUUAUCUUCCAGAUUUUCACAAGAUUCUACCAGAAAGCAAGUCAGGUUAAAGAGUGAAACUUUUACAAUCGGCAGGAAUACUGUUGGAGUGCAGGGCAGUAAGGUUAAAAGUAAUGAAUUAAAGCAUGUAAAGUCUUUGCAGUUACCUUUUGUCUCAGCUCAGAACAAUAGACUUCCAAGCAAUAAUGAGUUUGUCGAGAAGUUAAAGGAAGCUGAUAUUCCUGAAGAUGUUCAUGUUUGUGGUAUGAUUAGUGGAACAAGUGAAAGAGAGGAAACAACGACCAGAUUUUCUGAUAGUAAAGUUGACUUGGAGUCCACAAUUGAAUUGCUUAAGGAAGAAUUGAGAGAAGCUGCUGCUGUUGAGGUUGGCCUUUACUCAGUUGCCGCUGAGCAUGGGAGCUCUGCAAAUAAGAUUCAUGCUCCUGCUCGAAGACUGUCUAGAUUCUAUUUAAAUGCUUGCAAAGCGAGCUCUCAAGCUAAGAAGGGAAACGCAGCAAGAGCUGCUAUUACUGGGUUGAUUUUGGUGUCUAAAGCAUGUGGAAAUGAUGUUCCAAGGUUGACAUUCUGGUUGUCGAAUUCAAUUGUUUUGAGAGGUAUCAUCAGCCAGACCUUAGGGAAACCACAAAUUUCUGCUCGACCCCGGACUAAAAUUAAUGCUGGGGGGCUUUUAUCAGCAAAGAAUGGGUUUCCUCCUCACAAGGAAGAGAAUGAUAGGACUCUUGAAAGUUUUGAUAAUUGGGAAGAUCCACAGAUAUUUAUGGCCACUUUGGAAAAGUUUGAAGGUUGGAUCUUCUCCCGAAUUGUUGAGUCUGUAUGGUGGCAGAAUAUGACUCCAUAUAUGCAGUCAGCAGCUGCCAAGGGCUCAAGCUCAAGGAAAACCUAUGGAAGGAAGUAUGGUUUGGGUGGUCAUGAGCAGGGUAAUUUUUCUAUGGAGCUGUGGAAAAAGGCUUUCAAAGAUGCCUGUGAAAGGCUUUGUCCUGCAAGAGCUGGUGGACAUGAGUGUGGUUGCUUGCCUCUGCUGGCUCGUUUGGUAAUGGAGCAGUUAGUGGAUAGAUUGGAUGUGGCUAUGUUCAAUGCUAUUCUUCGUGAAAAUGCUGAAGAGAUGCCCACAGAUCCUGUGUCUGACCCCAUAAGUGAUUCCAAGGUUCUCCCUAUUCCAGCUGGAAAGUCAAGCUUUGGGGCUGGAGCACAGCUAAAAAACGCGAUUGGAAGCUGGUCUCGAUGGCUUACUGAUCUAUUUGGUAUAGAUGAUAGUGAUGCUCCUGAUGAUGAUACUGAACUCAGUGAUCAAAAGCGACUAAACUGUGAAACAUCCUUUAAAGCUUUCCGUCUUCUUAAUGCUUUGAGUGAUCUGAUGAUGCUUCCAUUUGAUAUGCUUGCAGAUAAAUCCACCAGAAAAGAAGUAUGCCCUACAUUUGGUGCACCACUGAUCAAGAGGGUUCUUUACAAUUUUGUUUCAGACGAGUUUUGCCCAGACCCAAUUCCUGAAGCAGUUUUUGAGGCUCUUGAUUAUGAGGAGAAUUUAGAAGCUGAAGUAGAGUCUGCUUCAAGUUUCCCAUGUGCUGCAAAUCCUACAGUCUAUUCACCACCUCCAGCUGCUUCACUAAUAGGCAUUAUAGGAGAGGUGGGAAGUCCAACUCUCUUGAGGAGUGGGUCAUCAGUGGUUAAGAAAUCAUACACUAGUGAUGAUGAGCUUGAUGAGUUGGAUUCACCGAUGACUGCAAUCAUCAUAGACAAUUCCCCGGUUUCUCCCAGUUCGUUGACAGCCAACUCAGUGCUGAAGUCGAAGGGUGGUCGAAAAGUUGUCAGAUAUCAACUCCUCCGUGAAGUUUGGAAGGAUAGUGAAUGAUCUUCUCUUUCGUGUAUGCAUUUGGCGUACUUGGGGUGGGUUGUUCAGUGGUCUCUUUACUUUUCACUCUUGUACAGAUUUGAGUUUGUUGUAUACAACCACAUGAAUAUUAGGGAAGUUUGUUCCAGAGGCAUGGAGGCCUAUUAAUGUUUGAAUAAUGAUACUUGUAGAGGGAAUUUUUUUUGUUUAAUGGAAGCCUUAAUUUUAUUUU